CUGGAUAUGAAUAGUACAAACAAACAUGAAAGCGAGACGGGUUCAGUGGUAGACUCAACACACCAAAACAUUACUUUCUGGUGUCGCUUUAUGCAAAGUUAUGUAAGAAAAUACCGGGAAAUCGGCUGUAAAACGUGCUUUACGAGUCCUUGCUUAAUUCAGGACUGAGUAUGGGCAGCCGAAAUACACGUGGCUCCAGGAGGGAGGUCGAACAGAAUCGAGAUGAAUCGACGUCAAAUCCCGAUGUUACUGAAGAUGCGGAUAGCGACGACAACGAAUCUGACCUUGUGAGCGUGCUUGCGUUUCUGCUUCGUAGGUAAGAAGCCUUCUAGUUUUCCACUGCAGUUAAAUUAUUUAGUGUUUUCGAGUUUACAUAAUAAGGUUUCUUUUUCAAUUAUCUCAUUCUUUUAUGUUUUUUUUAGUGUUAUGAAGUGUACCGCGAAUAGGAAAAAGUAACAUUUAUACAGAUUCGUAUUUCACGUAUCCGAUAAUUAGAUUAAUGCUUUAAUCGGAGUUUUAAAGAAUAAAUGGUAGUCGAGGUAAUAUAAUAGAUAGAAACAUUUUUGUUACAAGUUGUUUUGAUUGGUUCUUUCUUAUGCUCUAUUGGAGGACAGACGCGAAGAUGACGUCACCAUAGACAACAAUUUACUUUUUAAUCACAUAAUACAAAGAGUUUUUAUCUUGCAGCAGGUCUGUACAGCGAUAGAUCACAGAUGGUGUCAAAACGUGGUUAGAAAAUCAAUGACUGUAACUCAUGUACCACUUUCAUGUUCUUACCACAUUUUGACAUUAUCUGUGAUCUAUUACUGAUCAGACAUGCAUCAACAUAGAAUCUAUUUGUCAAUAACAUUUCUGUAAACUUAGUUAUAUUAAGUAUCAAGACUUCGAAAAAAAAAGAAUAAGAGUCUUGAGUAAUUGCACAUUUACUGUAGUUAUACUUCUAUUAUCCAAAAAGUAAUGCAACUGCUGUACUGUGAGCGCUCUUUUUCAAGUACUAAAUUUCCUUGAAAAAGCAUGAGCUACUUAUUCAAAAUUUCACUUAAGAGGAGAGGUGCUUGUUGCCAGGAGGGCACAUAAUUGAAGGGGGCACUUAUUGAGUCUAUGCAGCAAUAGCACAAAAAAAUUUAAAGCACAGAUAAUGCACAGAAAGGAACUCUGCAAGCAUAUGGAGAUAGAAAAGAAGCUAUUCUCAUGUACUGCUUCCACUUGAGUCAAAGCUUAAAAAGUUAUAAUAGAAAAGGGUUUUCCUAUGUAGGAAAGUGAGGGAGGAGGGGUGGAGGGGGUGAUUAUUCAAGAGGGUGCACGUUUGACGUCAUGGCCAAGGUGUUUAGCACCUAUUAGGGAGAGGGCACACAUCUGGGCACUUAGUCAAACAAAUAUGCUGAUUAUAUCAAGGGAGAGAUUUGGAACAGCCUAAUCAGUCUGGCAGUCCAUCAAUCUGUCUGUCUAUUGGUUAGUCUGUCUUUGAGUCUGUCUGUCUGUCUCAUUGUCAGUCAUUCUGUCAAUCAAUCAGCUUCGACUUCAAAUUGAUAUCAAUGUCAAUUUUAUUCAGUGAGAUUUUCAGCAGAUCAGUUAGUCUACUCUGCUACUCUACCUUCACACAAUUAUGUUAGUCCAUCUUCAUUAAAUUCUACUUUCUUGAAUAUUGUCUCCAGUGGUCAGGCUCGGCUUGUGCGUGCUACCACUGAGGGAGGCAGUGGGAUCCACAUCAUUCAUGGCAUGUCGUCAAGUGACAGUGAUGAUGAUGAAGAUUUUGAUGAAGAUUUUGCUUAUCACAAUGGUAAAGCGGCCAGUCCUCCAGGUAUUGUUGACCCCUGAGCUCCCAAAAAUGAUUACUAUAUAUCUUCUCCAUACAUUAUUGAUACAUUUUACAGCAAACAGGUUGUGAGAAAAUGUGAAACUAUAAAAAAGAUGUUAUAUUCCAUUUAUUUGAAACAAAAUCUCUUUAUUAAAUUAGAAUAGAUGAAUGUCUGCUACAAGAGAGUAUUAGUCAUUCAGAACUUGGGAGCAAAAGCACUGUAUCAAAGCAAUUACAACAAUCCAUGCAAAUAACUUAUUUUGCUUCAAUUUUUCUGUCAGUGAUAUUAAUAUGAUCAAAAUUCAAUCCAGUCUAACCCAGUUUUCUCUGUUUUUCUCUUUAGUUGAUCCAAAUCCUAAUACUCUAGUUGUUGAUGUAAGUUAUAGGAUAAUUAUGUUUGUUGUUGUUCUUUUUUUUCUCUGGUCUGAAUUUUUUUCAUUGCUAUAAUUAUAUCUGGCCCAGAAUACUGAUUUGAGACAUAGGAAAACCAAAAUUAAUGCUGCUUUUAAGAUUUUUAAACCCAAGAAAACAAAAUUUAGAACACAACAGCUAUUAACACAGUUUUGAAAAAUGAGUGCAUCUAGAUUUGUAAUUUUUUUAAUACUCUGCUUUCAUAUUUAGACAUCAGAAAGUUUUAGUGUUUAUAACUAUGAGAGAACUGUUUUCUUUAAACUUUUUUCCUUGUAUUUUUUAAUUUAUCACUUGCAGCAAAGUGUGUUUAAACUGGACACAUUAUUGUCAAGUGGUCAAAUUUUAGGUGGUCAAAAUAUUUGUUCAAGGCUUCACAGGGUAAGUGCUGAUAAUAUUCCUCUUUCUAACUGUUUUGGAAAAUCUGGAAGGUUAACUAAGUCUAAUGGGCUGAGUUGCUAGCAGCUUACAAUACCAUCUCAGAUUUCCAUGGCAUGAGAUGACCACUGCCCUUGAACAGGAUGCUAGCUCACUGCAAGACCUACCACCCUUCCUUCCCCUCUGCCUUUCCCCUUCCUUCAACACUCUGUCUGGUCUCAUUAACAAUCUAUUGACACCCCUUGUUAGAGAAGGCUCUCCUAAGUGUCUUGCCCAAGAACAUAGCAAAAUGAGUUAAAAAAGACUCUUAUCUGGGUUAUGGUAUCCCACACCAUUCAUUUUAAGUUGGAAACCACUAACCAAAUCUAAGGUAUCCUUUGAUAACCUUUGUGGACAUUUUGCAGAGAGAAAGUUCCCUUCAUAAUCGGCCAAACUUUACCUCUAGUGACAAGGCUGCGGCUUCAGCCAAGUAAGUAAAAAGUAGAUUUACUCUUGAACAAAUUGAGACUGUGGGGAUUUCCAGAGGGGUGACAAUCAGUGAUGUAAAAAUGAUCCUUAAUUGAAAUGACAUGAAAUUCAAGAUAAAGUGAAGAUCAACUGAAUUAAGUUUGUGUUAGGGAGGAUCGGUUUUACUCUGGUCAUCACUUUUUAGUAGUUAUACAUGUAAGUAAAGAUCUUUUCAUACAGUAUGUUAAAUGAUAUUGCUUGCUAUUUUUUCCUGGAAGACAGUUUACACAGUUUUGAAGUCUCCCGAUAAUUUUGUUUAUCAACUGAGUUGAUGAUGUAAAUUGGUCACCUUACACAGUUUCCAAUGCUGAGGAAGGGCUAAUAUUUGAAACAUCUGCUUUUAUAUAAACUCUGUACAGUGACCAAUUUACAUUUUCAACCCAGUUGAUCUGAAGUCUCUACUCUCAAUAUACAGUCUUACAUCAUAGUUACAGCCAACCUUUCAAUUCUCAUACAGCAGUGACUGGAAAUAAUGCAACAGAGAAACCCAGAGGCUUUUUUCAUUAUAAUUGUGUUCUAUAGUCAAGUCAUUGGCACAUGGCAGUGAAAACUAGUGGAAGACUGUUAGUGGUACACUUGUAUCAUGGUUUUAGAAUAGUUUUGUUUCCUUUUUGCAGUUAUAUCCCCAACAAGAAAGCAACAAAAGCUCAGUUUCUCCAAAAGCUGUUUUGUGGCCAGUAUUCUAGUGAUGGAACAGUAUUUCUUUCAGCUUGUCAAGGUUUGUGAUAAUAAUUAAAAGAUAAUGAUCAUCAACAAACUGUUUUGUCUUCAUAUUUUAACCCUUAAAACCCUAAGAUUGGCCGGCAUCUAUUUUUGCCUUACAGUAAUACUGCAGCUGAAUCAUUCAUUAUCUUGAGAAUAAAGGAAAUGAUCACGAAUAGACACUUUGAUUGUUAAACAAAUUCUCCUUGUUAGCACCAAAGGAGAUGUAAAAGAAAAGAGUUUGGAGAAUAUGGGUACUGAUGUUAGGGCAUAAAGAGUUCAUCCCGUUUAAUUGCAAUUAUUAUAAUGAUUCAAACAUCACUGCCUUGUCAAUUUUCUUAGGAUUUUCCUAGAUUUUCCUAGAUUUUAAUCAGCCAAUCUCCUCCAAGGAUUUGUUCAGAGAGGAAUCUCCUAACUGGUGACUUUUUUCACUUCCUACAGAUCAAAACAUCCGUCUGUACGACACAACCCAUGGACAAUUCAAAGAGUUUCGAAACAUAGUGGCAAGAGACGUAGGCUGGAGUAUAAUAGACACGGACUUUAGGUUUGAAAUGAAGUGGUUUUUUCCUUUUAUACAUUUACAUAAAAACCAGAUAAAGUUCAAGAUAACAUGCAAUUCCACCAGUUUGAUUUAUCCAGCUCUUUGUUGGUUUCUACUAUUCUCCAAGGACUUAAGAGUUUGAACUUCAGUUUAAUGCUUAUUAUUAAUAUAUUUGUUUCUUUUACUAGCCCUGAUCAGCAAUACCUCAUAUAUUCUAGCUGGUCUGACUACAGUAAGUUGAAGAAUAGUAUGAUACCAAAAUACCAUGAUAACAAAACUUCCAUUGAUGGAACAAAUCAUUGCUACAUUAUGGAAAAGAAUCAUUGAAGUUAAAAUUUGUUGUUAUAAAAUGAUGGUUAUGAGGUACUGAGUCCAAGGAAAAAUUGAACAGGUAUUGGCUGUGUCCCCAUGUUGAAUUGUUUGAUGUGUUACAGUUGCCACUAUUAUCUGCACAAUCCUCUUCCAAUUAAAGCAAAUAAAAGUAAUGAACUUUUCUCUGAUCAUAACUAUCUAACCAUACAAAGUCACACAAACCAAAAUAAUACCUUCUGGGUAAUUCAAGCAUCAAUACUGCUGGUAAUUGUGGACAGGGUUUUUUAGAUAAUGGGUCUUCUUUUCCUUAAAUGGGAUAUGGGAUAUAAAAUUUUUCAGAAAAAACCCUUUUAUAAUGGGUAAUUAACUGGUUGAUAAUUAGUGAUUGAAUGAUAACAACUUUGAAAGUUGAGUUUAUUUUCAGAUGUGGUGGUAUGUUUUAGUACAAACUUGGUACUUGAUUGAAAAAAUUAUUCUGUAAACCUGCUGGAUUUUUGGUCCUCAUUGUUUCAGUAAAUGAUGAUAGAUACAAAAAUACAAGAUGAAGUGGAAUAAAAAUCAAACUUACUAUGAAAUACAGAAUCAAGGAAAAUUUGAACCACAACAUAUUAACCACAAACUAACAUCAGAUAAGCAGACAAGUCUUUCUAGGUGAUAAAGACAAUAACUGUGUUUUUAUAACUUUUUAAUGCUCUCGAUGUUUUAGUUCAUCUCUGCAACAUUUAUGGUGACUAUGAAACACAUGCAGCUUUAUGCUUAAAGUAAGUUACUUUGUCGUUAAUUUAUCCUUCUAAACUUGACAAUUUUUCAAAAUGUGCAUAAUGUGUAGGGAGGUCUUUUAACAGUUCAGGGAGAAUUUAGAUAUCCAGUCAUUUUUACUCCUGGACAUUCAAUCUUCAGUUGAUUUGAACCCAAGUGUUGACUAACCCAGUUUGUGUUGGCCCGUUCCCAACCUGCUGGUCAAUUUGUACCCAUCCCAAUGUUCAUUAAUUUGGUAAUGAAAACCCAGGAGAACUUGUAUGAACAUAAAAACAUACUGUGGGUAUGAAACAAAAAGAUGGACUGGGUACAAAUGGAGCCUAGCUGGGGACAAAUAAACUUAGUAGGAAAAGUUGGUGUGUACAAAAAGUCUGGUAAGGCCUCCUCUCUUGCCAUUUUGGAUGGCUAAAAAUUCAGGGUCUAAUUGGGUCUGAUCUAGUGCUCCCCAACUGUAUGUAAUAUCAGUGAGAAAUUGAUUUAAAUGCUAGUGAAGCUUGAAAUUUUUUAGGCCCCAUUUUCUGUAAUUUCUGUAAACCUAGUAAAGAACAAUUUGUUUAUUUAUGAUCUCAUUCUCCCCUCUAGCCCAGAAGAUUCAAGAUUUUGUGCAUUUUCAAUAAAGUUUUCUCAUGACAAUAAAGAAAUUUUAGCAGGGUUAGUAUUCAUACUCUUGUUAAAGAUGAAUUCUUACUUAGUGUUACCAUUCUGAAUCACAAGAGAGUAGCAAGAAAUCAAACAUUAGUUAUGACAUCUCAAAAAAAUGACAAAAACUUGAAUUUUGAUAACAUUGUAUCAUUUUCAAGAAAUACCUGAUACAUGGUACCUGUGACUGGUCACACGAACUAAACCUGUACUCCUGGAAGAAUCACUGCUUAGAAAUCUCAGGUGUCAUGAUUUUAAAGUUCUUGAAGGCUAUGGUAUAUGCAUAUAAGUCUCCCAGAGAAAAGAGGCAGUGACUUGUGGCACUAGAGGCACCAGAGGGUUGACUUGAGCUUAAUCUUUAAAGCCACCCUUUACAGGUUGUCAUGUAUAACUGUUACAAUGAUUUCCUGUAUGCAUUGUGUUUAGAGCCAAUGAUGCUGCCAUAUAUGUGUAUGAUCGAGAAAGUAAUCAGCGGACUUUGAGGGUGAGUACUCUUAUACUAAGUCUCUGAAAUUAGUCUUGAACAAAACUGUAACAAAACUCUUGAACAUGAGUGGUUAUUAGGUCUGUAAGACAUGUUUGAUGAUAGUUAUAAAUUUUGUAGCCCUUUGCCAGACAUUCUCCAGGAGGGCUUGAUACUUGAUAGCUUAAGAAUUUUUUCACUAACUUAAGAAUUUCUUAUAGCUGUAAUGAACCUUGAAUGUAUUAUUAAUAAUCAAUUAUUACUUGAGACAAACUAUAAUUAUAGAACUACUCAGACAAGUUAUUGUGUUUCUUAGCUAAGAGUGAAUAGACAUUUCUUUAUUUCUUUAUUUCUCCAUUGUCCCUUUUGAACUGCAGGUCCAUGGUCAUGAAGAUGAUGUAAAUACGGUAGCAUUUGCAGACGACAGCUCUCAUAUUCUGUUCUCUGGAGCAGACGAUGGUCUCUGUAAGGUUUGUGUAUCAGAAAUUAUCCUUUGAAAUGGAAUGAAACCUUAAAUGGACAAGUUCUUAUGGCAGAAUAAGAAACAAAUAUUUUAAUGGCAAAUAUAGCAAUAGCUUGUAGGUAAGAGCUAUUUUUAAUGUAGUGUGGAAAAUAAUCAGAAAUUGCAUUGAUUAUGCUGCACUACACUCUGAGAUUGGUCCUGACCACUUGUGCCAUUCCUUUGACCAAUCCAAUGCAAAAACUGAAACCAAUUGCAACUUGGUCACCUUCACUUUAUGGCAUGUCUGGAACAUUGAUUUCCCUAGAGUUCUAAUCGACUUUUUUGGACAGACACUUUGGUCUGUUGGUCAGUGCACUGGACUUGCUUUUUCUGAGAAAAACGCUGUACUUGCACAGUGGAAGUCACCUGGGAGUACAAAUGGGUACUGGCAAAUUGUCAGGGAAGACUAAUAAAAUGCUGGGGGUAAGCUUGCAAUGGACUGAAAUCCCAUCCAGGGGGCAGUAGUAAUACAACUAGUCACUUUAUGUGAAGGAAACUGUGAUCAGGCAAUCGCUGGGUGGGCCAAUAGGCUGAAUGGCUAUAGUGAUGACAGUGAUUUUUUUGCUAGUUGUCUUGAUUAAAAUACAAUUUAUAACAGUGAUGAUUUUGUUAGGAAUUAUUUUUUAAGUGUUGAUGUCGUCCUGCUGAACUUAAAGGAAAUAUAACAAUUGAUGUAGGGAUGAAAGACCAGAAAAGAGCAUUUUUCUCUUAUUUUGAAACAAUUUUAUGUAAAAGUUAUUGUGUUGGACACAUUAAUGUAUGCAUAUAACCCUUAUUAUCUGCUUUUACAGGUCUGGGAUCGCCGGCAGCUAUCUGAGAAUUGCCCAUGCCCAGUAGGUGUUUUAGCUGGACAUGCUGAUGGUAUCACCCACAUUGACCCAAGGGUAUGUUACAUCUUGUUUGAAGUCCCUAAACACAGAACCUGGCUUGCAUCAUGUGCCUGACCUUGCUUGUCUAACAGUUGCAUUUAUCUCAAUUGAUUACUGCUGUGUUCAUUAAAUGAUGUUUUAUAAGCCUUUUAAAGCAGUUGCGGUGUGCUGUUUCUUGCAGGUGCAUGGGUUAGUGAAAAUGUUUCCUGUCUGAUAGUAACUGUUUUGCUUAUUUCAGGGAGAUGGAAGGCACCUUAUCACUAACUCCAAAGACCAGACAAUCAAAUUGUGGGAUAUGAGAAAGUUUUCUGCUGAGGAUGGCAUCUGUGUGAGUGUUUCUUUAACCCUUUAACUCCCAUGAGUGACCAAGAGAGUAUUUCUCCUUACAGUGUUAAUGCAAUAUCAAGCAGACAAGUGAUGAGAAUAAAGAAAAAUAGCCAUAAGGGGAUUUUUAUUUGAUCCAAUACUAAAUUCUCCAAACUAACAUCAUAUGAAUGGUAUGGCAGACAGUAAGGAGAAUUACGGAUGAGAUCUUGGGAGGGAAAGGGUUUAUAAAGUUUCCAUCACUUUUUGCUCUUCAUUUUCCAUUUUGAUAUUGGUGAAGGCAGAUGAAUUAGGUAACCCUUUCACUCCUAAGGUCCUGUUUAGUAAUUCUUCUUACUGUCUGUCACACAAUUCUUAUGAUGUUAGUUUGGAGAAUUAGGUAUGGAUCAACUAAUAAUUUAAUCCCCUAAUAGUUAGUGUAUUGAUAUUGUAAGGAGAAAUUCUGUCUUGGUCACCCAUGGGAGUUAACGGGCAAAACAUCUUUGAAUAUUUGAUAGCUUUAGAAUUUUUUCACUAACUUAAGAAUCUUCACAUCUUUGGUAAAAUUUGUGUACUUGUUACUUCCAAUUAUUUUAAUGAAAAUUAAAACAACUGACUGAAAUACUACUGUCAGUCACACUGCACAUAUCUGUUGAAACAAUUGGGAUAUUUUAGAAGGUUGAAAAGGACAUGUUAUGAGUUGUUGGAAUGGAAAUAGGAAGCAAGUGUGACAUUUGCUUGACUCAAGGGAUCUGAAGGAAAAACAGUGUAGACUGGUCGAGUGAGCACAAAGAAAAUGGAGAAAAAUAAAAGGAAAUGCAAUUAAGGGCUGUGUGAAUGUUGUGAAAUAGUUGUCAGAGAAUUGUGACUGGAGAAAUUUUAAUCCAAUUUGUUUUUUUUUUCUCUGUCUAUUGUGAUGAUGAUUGACAACUGCAUGAAACAAAGUGAGAAAUUUGUCUCUGAGUUCAGACUUUCAAAAACUGCAAAGGGACAGCUCUUACCAAAAGCAAUUAAUCUUUUACAGUUAGGUUUAACACAUAUGAGAAAAAAAAUAAACCUUGUGCCUCAUUGUUAUGGCUAAUGCUUCCUGCCUGGCAACUUUCUUCAGCUGUUGGGAUAUGGUGAUGCUGAUUCAAACCUUUGCAUUUGCCUUGCAGGCUACAAAACGUGCUGUAGCUGGUCAGAGGUGGGACUACCGCUGGCAACCGGUCCCACGAAAAUGUAAUUUUAUUGUGUUGUCUAGCUUAGUUGUUGUUCCUCUUUUUUAGUGUGGUGUGUCAUUUAGUACAAAUGUGUUCCAAGUAAAUUCUCUGUUCUUCCUUUUUGCUGACCUAAGCUGUGAGACGUUCCAAGCUGGAUGGUGAUUCAUCUGUCAUGACUUAUCGUGGCCACAGUGUCUUACACACUCUUGUUCGCUGUUACUUCUCACCUCUCCGCACCACAGGACAGGUAAGUUAAUCCUGCUGCCAGUAGAGGGCUUAUUAUAUGGCCUUCACUUUCUCAAGAAGAUCAAGCUAGGGCAACUGUUGUAAUGACAAAUAGUUGUAAUGGCCUGUUGAAAUAAAGAAUGUGUAAAAUUGUGAGCAAGUGCUUAUUACUGGAAAAAGCGCACAUCUAUAAUGAGUCUUAGCUCUGCGUGAUACAAUGCAUGUGUGAAUUUUUUUUAGCAUGCCUGAACAGUGAAUAUUGAACUUGCCAGUAUUUCAAAAAUUUCUGUUUUCUUCCUGUUAGAUUUUUCUCUUUUCUACAAUUGCUUAAAUUGCAGCCUAUAUAGAGGAUCAUUACAUUACUUGAUUUUUAUCUGCAGGUCAAAUGAAAUUUAUUUCAUUAAAAAAUGAUGGUCAGAUUCUUCCAUGGGAAAGAAAGAACCCUCUUAGUUAAAAUCCUGUAAAAUGUGUCUUCUCCCAACUUGUGGCUUCAUGGCUAGUAUCUGGGAGGCACAAGUUUGAAUGCUGAAUAAUUCCUGACUAACUCAGGCUUCUUUUUCUGCCUUAAUUUGCUAAAAUUGCAGCUUUUGAUUUUGAUAUUUUUCUUCUUUCUUUAGCGAUAUAUCUACUCAGGAUGUUCCACUGGUGCUGUUGUUAGUAAGUGCCACAUUACUGACUGUAUUCAGUAACUAAAGGUAGAAAUUAAAUCAAAGAGUUGGUAACAGUUUUUUUCUUCUCUUUGUGGUCACAAAAUGGAUAACUUUUAAUAAAAUCUUUUUUGUUUUUGUUUGUGUGUAGUUUAUGAUGCAUUGACUGGAAAAAUAAUCUCCAGACUGAGUGGACAUGUAUCCUUUUGUGCUGACAAAGCAAAAAAUUGAUUGCCUCAGGGAAGGGGGGAAAAAAGGUUGGUAAGCAAGAAUGCAGGGAGAAACUCACCAGGCAUAUGUUUAUCAGGCAUAUGACAAGCAAGAACAUUUUCACAACUUAAUUUUGGUCUAAAGAUAUUUAGGCAAUAGACUACACUUCCUAUUAGUUUAACAGUAUAAUAACCCACAAAAAACUUGUAAAUCACCUGCUAGAGGUAAGUGAUUUACAGUGGCAGUAUUGUAGGCUAUAUAUUGUCUAAGGUUUUUUUUUAUAGUAUUUCCCAAAUAUUUUUUUCUUUUGAAAUCUGCCAACCAAUAUACUAUUUUUGGCAACCAUUUAAAAAUCUUCUCAAUGAAUAAAUUCUUUAAAAUGAAGAGCAAACUAGAGAAAAAAAAAACAUUUUUUUUUUUCAUUUACUCUUUUCAUUUAGAAUUGGUAUGCCAAAGGUUUAAAACUUCCAAGCCUAAGCAAAAAUGAUAACAAGACCUCCAAAAAAUUGACAGAAAUCAGCUGUGCACUUAGCCUUUCAAUGAGAUUGAGAGAAUAGUUUCUUCUAAAGUACAUUUUGCUCACCUUGACUAAUAUGCAGAGAUCAGCAGUGCGAGAUGUGUCAUGGCACCCCUAUGAAAAUGAGAUUGUCAGCACCUCGGUGAGUAGUCAAGUUCCAAGCAAUAAUUCUGUAACUGUAGAAUCCAGCUAGGGCAAUAGUGCCAUUCAAUUUACUCUUUCACAAAUUUAACCCAUGCAUGUCCCUCAGCAGUGUGAAAGUUCAUGUGAAAGUUCAUGGUCAGGGUAGAAGGUCAUGUUCAUAUUAAAUGCUUAAUAUUGCCAUUUGUCAGAAUUAAUGAAACACAAUUGAUGAAUUUUCACCUUUCCAUGCCUGCACUUGUUGCUGUGCAGAGGACAUUGACAAGAAGAUUCAAACAGCAUUUAUGCAAUUGUGCAGGUUCUCUGAUGAACAUUUACCACCAUUUAAACAUAUUUACAGAAUAUUCAAGUCAAUAAAUAAUUUAAGCACUAAAACAAAAUUAGGAUGAACACUUUUUUUAAGCAGGAACAAUUCUACUGCAAUAGCUAUAACUUAUAAGACACUUUGAUGUGUAGUAUACUUGCUGAAUAUUUUUAAAAGAUGUGCAGUAUUUUGACAAUUCCACUGCAGGGUGUUAAAUAGAAACAGCAAGUUAUUUGUGUUCUACUUCAUGCAGUUGGAUAAUAAUUCAUUUAACUUUCUAUCUAGAUACAGCUGUCAUGUUACUGUCUAUGUAUCUCUCAUUUUACCAUCUAAUAGUAUUUAUCUGUCAUUUUUCUUUUUAAUAGUAUUUAUCUGUCAUUUCUUAUAAAAAAUUCUGAAUAUAAACGAUGUAAUUUUAUUACAAGUUUAUCUCAGUAAUGUCCUUCAUAUGUGUGAAAGAGGCCUUUGAUGGUGAUGUCUCUAAUACUAAGGUUUUCAGAACACAGGAUUCAUAAGGUAUUGGUAGUCUUAAAGAAAAAGUUUCUUAAUACUGUGACUAAUCUAUUCUUGAUCUCUGUUAUAGUGGGAUGGAACACUUGGCUUGUGGAGAUACAAAAGGCCAAAUGAUGAGGAGGAUAAUAAAGAAGAAGAGGAACCAGAACCCAAGCAGCAGUCUGUGGGGCCCUGUCGUCGUUCUAUUCGUCUCAGAAACCUCAUACAUGUAUAAAAUCACAAAACUCAUUACAAAUUCAGUGUGAUUUAAAAAUUCCAUAACAUAUUCUCUUGUGGGCUUUCACAUUUUUUCUCUGGUCCAUAAAUGUUUACUAGUAAGGAGCAAAACAGGUAACUUUCACCUAAAGAUGGAAUUGCAGUCUCUUCACAUGAGCUUGGUCGACCAGGCUGUCUCAGUUUGCAGUACGUAUUCUCACCAUCUCUUUGAAAUUUCAUUGAGUUCACAUGAGAAAAUUUUCAUGGAACAAUAACUGGGAUGAAGAAAUGUACCAUGGGAGAGGAAGACCAAAAAUGUCCUGCUAACUAUGCCAUCCUUGUUGUUGGAAUUAAAGGAAGAUGGUUGUUGUCUUUUCUGUACAUACGGUUUUGUACUUGGUGUAAUUUUUUCAUUGGUCAAAACGUGAACCAGCUCUCAAUAUACCCAAUAGUGUAAUUUAUGUUGAGUAUAGGAAGCAAUUUUUGGACAAAAUUAUUAUUAAAUAAAUUUUGCUAGGACUGCGUGUAAUCCAAUGCUGUUUGUAAUCAUAUUAGUGAUGUGUGUAAACCAUGAGCAUUAUAAUUACUGACAGAAUUGGAUGACACAAAGUCAUGUAGUUAAAACUGAAAAAAUGUGAGAAAUAAACUACUCACUGAUUGAGCAAUUAACUCUCUUCCAUAAGAAUAUGAACAACGUAGGCUAUUUAAAUUCGGAUACAAAUCAGGCCUAGUACCCAAUCUUGCACAGGUAUGGCACAAGAACUACCCCAUCGGACUGUUCCGUUACAGGCAUGAGGCAUACUUUGUGUCAUUAAUAAUGGUAAUAGGACCGAGUGGAGUCCAAUUUGGUCUGUAAUCAUAUGAGUGAUUAACAAAAUCAGACAAUCACAAAGCAGGAUUCUGAUUUGUUUACCACGAACUCGUAUGAUUACUGACAGAAUUGGACAACAUGAAAUCCUGUUACCAAUUAAUCAUAACCAUUUCAAUUUCUGAAAAAACAAGUACGCCUAGAACAAAUAUCUCCACUGGAGACAAUGUCUUUAGUUAAAUAUUCCUCCAUUUUGGAAAUUGCCUUGUUUUUCUUUGGAUAAAUGGUUGUUGCUAUGGUUAUUGUGAUCAAUUCUGUGAUUGGUGGAUUAAGCUGAGUGGACCUAGUAUGAUUGGCUGCUUCUGCUGUCCGAUUACAGGUGUCUGAUUACAGCCAACUGUCCAAUUACACUGUCCAAUUACAACUGUACAGACUGAUUAGUGUAAAAUGAAGCAGCUGAUGCACCAAUCACAUUUGAGGAAAUUGUAAUGGUUAUGACUAGUGCUUAAAUCGUGCUAAUGAUAACCAAUCAUUGUCAAGUAUUUCAUUCACUUUCUUCAUGGUCUUGAUUGAUUUUAGAAUACCUUUGAAACAGGCCAAAUACAUGUAAUAGUAAGGAAAUUGCUGGUGUCAUAAAAGGAACACUAAACAGCUACACAAUGUUUAUAAAUGGUAACAAUGGACUUUUUUUAAUGUUGUGAGUUGUAUUACAAGGUAAUAUUCUUAUCCCACUUAAUAGUAACAAAAUUAAAAAUUGCUAAAAGCAGUGAUUGUGACUAGGUUUAAAAAUGUGGUAUUUAAUGUUUAAAAUUCUAAAGUUGAUUUUUAUAUUUGUUGUAAUGAACUUGAAACAAUAGAGACCUUAAGCAAUGAAGACAAGGCAAAACGAAGGAUCAAAUGAGUAGAACAAUAGCUCAGUAUGUGGGUUUUUGAAACUUUGUACAUUUCUCAGCCAUCCUCUGCAGAACAAUAAUUUGAAAUCAUCAAAAUUUACAUGGUCUGAGAACAGAAACCCUGAUGGCAAAUUAUUUAAGUUUCCAGUUGGAAUUAUCUUUUCUUCACUCACAUUUUAUUGAUAUUACUGUGUGAUACUGUGACAGACGGUAGAAACAUCCAGCCUUUUGCCAAAUUCUUCCUGAAAAUAUAAAAUAAUUUAUUUUUUAAUCAAGGUCUUCCUCAAGGUUAUUGCCAUGACUGCUUAGGGCCUAUAGUUUCUCUGUCGUUACUUUCCAGCAUUGUUUUGUACAAAAUCGAAUCAAAAGAAUGUAGUCAUACAAUUUAAUCAUGGGUCAGUGUAAAAAUUAAAGGUUCAAGUGUGAUGUACCCUUUGAUGUUCACUGUUUUGAGUCCAGUCACUUAAUGGGGUUACAGGGUUGAAAGACGUCAGUCAAAAUUGUUUUUACUUAAUUAAUACUGUUGAAAUACUAUGACAAACCAUUGUUGAAGAAGAUAAAAUCAACUUUAUUCUCCUGAUAUUGUCUUGUCUGUGGAUGUGUACAAUGCUAAUAAACUGCAAACAGCAU